UCGCUCAUCCUCUUUGCUGUUCUCUCCCACCUACUCUCCCCUCCUCUCAGUGGUAGCGGUGUGACUGCCUGAGUCAGCUAGCUUUACCAGCCAGUGAGUAAAUGCUGCUUCUGGAGGUGGCAUAUCCUGCAGACAAAUGUGUGUGUGGUGUGUAUGUGGGACUAUGAGUGGACACGGAUGGGAGAGCGACUGAGUCAGAAAGGCUGCAGUCCUCCCAUCACCAUCCUUCGCUCCACUGCUGCCAUGGCGCUCCGGCUGGCUGAAUCACAGCAGAGGCUGCAGAAAGGGCUGCUGAGGUAGAUGCAUGUAUGUUGUAGUAGUAUGGAUAAUGUGUGCAAGAGAAGGUGGUCAUCAGGCUCCCAGGCCAUGGUGUUUCUUCACACACUGGCCUUAUCCUGGGCAGGUGCUGUUGAACCUGCCCCCGAAAUUGACGGACAUCGUCAGACAGCGAUGACACUAAGAGAAAACGCUAUACACAGGUUCAACUGUCAUUCAUAUGGUUGGCACCCCCAUGCACCGGCCUUGCUGACCUGGUACCUGAACGGUGAGCGGCAGAGGUCGUUUUCUCCUAAAGGGGGUCUGGGGAAGACACCCCAAAAAAACUCUGAGGUCAGGAGAUUCGGAGCCAAUCACAACAGCACAAACUCACUGCGGGCCAGAAAGUGGGACAGAGAGCUGGUGUGUGUGGCAUUGAACCCCAAAUCAGGGGAAAGCUACAAUGCUACAGUUACACUCAAUGUCCAAUUUCAGCCUGAGAUCCUCAGGGUCAGCGCACACUCCAGUGAAAACUCAGACCCCGGCCUUUUGUUAGUCCUCUUUGCAUUGGUUCAGUCCAACCCACCUGCCACCUUCACCUUCACAGACCAGUCUGGUCUGCUAAUGGCUAACACUUCAGACAUCUUCAUCCUCGACUCACACGACUACCCCUGGAUGACCAAUCACACACUAAGAGUCACUCUCAAUAGUCUAUCAGGAAAUAUCUCACUGAAUGCCAGCAACAGUGUGGGCACCACGCAAAGUAACCUCACACUGGCAGAGUUCCUACAAUCUCGUGUGGAAGUGCCAAUGCUGGGAAUUGUAACUGGAGGGUCCAUGGCCUUCAUGGCCCUUCUCAUCCUCAGCCUGAUAGUCCUCUGCCUCAUGCAAAAACCAACAAGCAAGUCCAUCGAUGAGCCAGUGGAGAUUCUAAUGACUAAGAAAAGUGACUCAACCAAUCUGAAAGCAGAGAGAUCUUACAUCCCCAGAGAGAACAUGUCUCUUCCUUCCAAUAUGCAGCUUAAUGACCUCAGCACUUUGAAAAAGGGAGAGAACACCCAGCAAAUCAGUGGUGGGGAGAAGAAGAAAGAUGAGGAGGAUGAAGAUCUGUCUUUAGCCUAUGCUGCGAGAGGCUUUGCCAGAUAUCCAAUGGUGGGCUACAUCUACAAGGUGAAUAGCACCAGCAGUGAGGAGAUCUGGCUCUGACUCACCUCAAAGGCAACAUACGGGCUAUGCAAUUGCAUGCAAGACGAUUUUAACAAAGAAUCUGCAACAAAUCACACAUUUCUCUCUUAAACUAUUCUCAAGUUGGCUCAAAAUCUGUCUCUAGAUCAUACAAGCACAUAAUGUGUGUGAACUCCCAAACUGUGUUGCCAUGUCAUCUGUAACCAUUUGCUCAUAGUUGUCCUCUUUCAUGCUAUUAAUAUUGCAAUGCAUUUAUUCUGCUAUGCACAGUUCAGAAUGUCCGUGAUGUGCUGUAUGUGUGAUUUUACAAAUUUAUUUGAUGCAAAAAAUAUAUGUUUAUAUGUAUAGAACUUGUAAUGCACUGUAUUAGUUUGCACAUGUACAUGCGCAUAAAACAUAGUCAUGAAUAAAGUUAAGAUGAAUACAUCUCACCUCGAGUGUGGCUCUACUGGCAUCCACAAGGGGGUGCUAAACAUUUGGGUGUCUGGUACUUGCGAAGGGUGAUCUGUGCUUAAAUGUGCAAGGGGAAUGAGUGUUUGUGCCUUUUGUGCAGUACAGUACGUGGACAGACAACUUUGAUGAUAUGUUGUGUAUAUAAAACAUUGUGCAUUAUAAAAUCCAGAAUAGCAACUGCAGAAUAAAAUUGCAUGUGUUCCGACUUGUGUGGACGUACACGUACGCAUGUCGUUAGAGACGCCACCAGGUGCUGUCUGUGGUUCAUAGGGUUUUGGUGCAGCAGUUCAGACAGGAAGCUGUGUUGCGCUGUGCCGGGUGAACGUAUUUUCUUCCUGCAGCACGAUGCUUUUGGGAGCGAAUCUAGUUUUUGUCAUAUACAAAAGGGAAAUAAUAUAACAGCCAUGGUAAUAAAUUAUUGAUGAGUAAACACACUUUUGUUGUUUGCCUUACCAGAUAGAAGUGUUAUGUUUAUUUCUCAAAACAAAUAAUUAGUGCAGAUCUAGUUGUUAAUUCAAGAAUGAUUUUGUUAUUUCUUACCUUUUGCUGUCCCCAUUGUUGUAUAGACGCUUCUGCUUCCAGAGAUGCAGCUAAAACAAAUGCCAUUACAUCUGCUAUUCAGUACAGUAUUUACUUGAGCUGUAGCAGAGAGGGCAAAAGUACUCACACUCAGUACUUAAGUAGAAGUACACAUUCUUUUGUAAAAAAAAAUAAAGGGAAAGUACUGGUUCAAUUUUACUUUAGUAAUAGUAAAACAAAGACUGAAAAGAGCAAAAGUAGCCCAUGAGGAGAAGCAGUAAAGAAAAUGGAUGGAUGGAUUAUUGUCAGUUAUAUACAAUAUCUGUUUUGAUAACUUGGUCCAUUAGGAAAAAAAAAACUGCACACAAAACAGUUUCCCUCUUUUAUUAACUUGCAUAGUGCUCGUACUGAGAAGGAAAAUCAAUCACUGGGCAUGCUGUCAAAACAAUAUUUUCCCAUAGCUUUGCUAACAUUGUGAACUGAAUAGCAAAAAAUAUUGAGAAAUAGCGA